CCACAGGGGCGGAGCCGGGGCCCACAAACCCCGCCCACCGGUCCCCGACAUGGACAACGAGUCUCAGUACUCGGGCUAUUCCUACAAGUCCUCCCACUCCCGCAGCUCUCGCAAGCACAGGGAUCGGAGAGACCGACAUCGCUCCAAGAGCAGAGACAGCAGAGGAGACAAAUCUGUAACUAUCCAGGCUCCUGGAGAACCACUGCUGGACACCGAGUCCACACGAGGAGACGACAGGGAUGAUAACUGGGGCGAGACCACCACGGUGGUGACGGGCACAUCCGAACACAGCGUAUCUAACGAAGACCUCACGAGGGCGUCCAAGGAACUUGAGGACUCGUCUCCUCUGCAGUGCAAACGCUUCGCCGGUCCGAUCCUGAGUGGCGUCCUGGGUCUGUUCGCUUUACUCACGCCCCUCGCUUUCCUACUGCUACCGCAGGCGCUGUGGCGCGACUCGUUAGAACCGUGCGGCACGCCGUGCGAGGGCCUGUACGUCUCGCUGGCCUUCAAGCUGCUCGUGCUGGCCAUCUCCACGUGGGCGCUGUUCCUGCGGGCGCCGCGCACCACCCUGCCGCGCUUCUUCAUCUUCCGCUGCCUGCUCCUGGCGCUGGUUUUCCUCUUCGUGGCCUCCUACUGGCUCUUCUAUGGGGUGCGUGUGCUGGAGCCACGCGAACGCGAUUACCGCGGCAUCGUGGGAUACGCCGUCUCGCUAGUGGACGCGCUGCUGUUCAUCCAGUAUCUGGCGCUGGUGCUGCUGGAGGUGCGACAUCUGCGGCCGGCGUACUGCCUCAAGGUGGUGCGCACCACGGACGGAGCCAGUCGCUUCUACAACAUCGGCCAUCUCAGCAUUCAGCGAGCCGCCGUGUGGGUGCUGGAUCACUAUUACAGCGACUUCCCCGUCUACAACCCAGCACUGAUCAACCUGCCCAAAUCCAUCCUGUCCAAAAAGAUGUCUGGAUUUAAGGUGUAUUCUCUGGGUGAAGAGAACAGCACCAAUAACUCGACCGGUCAGUCUCGGGCGAUGAUCGCAGCAGCCGCUCGCCGGCGUGAUAAUUCCCAUAACGAGUAUUACUACGAGGAGGCCGAGAUGGAGCGCAGAAUCCGCAAACGCAAAGCCAGGCUGGUGGUGGCCGUCGAGGAGGCGUUCACGCACAUCAGGCGUCUUCAGGAGGACGAGGCGGCCACGACGCCCAAGCACCCGCGCGAGGUGAUGGACCCCCGCGAGGCCGCCCAGGCCAUAUUUGCACCGAUGGCACGAGCCAUGCAGAAGUAUCUGCGCACCACACGCCAGCAGCCCUACCACAGCAUGGAGAGCAUCAUCAACCACCUGCAGUUCUGCAUCACGCACAACAUGACACCCAAGGCCUUCCUCGAGCGCUACCUCAACACUGGCCCCACGAUGCAGUACCAGCGAGAGAACGGCAGGGGGCGCCAGUGGACACUCGUCAGCGAGGAGCCCGUGACGUCAGCGCUGCGUCAGGGCCUCGUCUUCUCCCUGCGACGCCUGGACUUCUCCCUCGUGGUGACGGUCACGGCGCUUCCCUUCCUCACCCUGGGAGAGGAAUUCAUCGACCCCAAGAGUCACAAGUUCGUCAUGAGGCUGCAGUCCGAGACGUCGGUGUAGCGGCGGGAGAGAGCGAGAGGGGAAGUCCUCUGUGGUUGUGAGGGAGCGAACCACUUGUAACUAUUUUUGUAUAUCUGAGCCUUUCCAUUGGCCUCCUUUUUAUAGUGAAUUCCUCCGGAUGUCGCCCGUGCCUCUUCACUGGCAGCUCGUUCCAUGGCGUGGACUGAACGGUUCUUAUGCAUUUCCAUUUCCUGUGCUCAGAUUCAUACGUGAGCUGCAGCAGGGUCGUUUCCUUCAAAACCGUUGGAGCAGGCAGCUUUUUCAGUCAAGACUGUAUUCAGAUUUGAAUGUGUGAACACUAUUAGACCAAAACAAUCAGGAUUUAAGGGGCGUUUACAAGGGGUUUCUGGGCAUCCAUCGGAACAUUCAUGGAUGUACAUAGCUGGAUUGAUUUUGGUUGAUGAUAAUUGUUCCUACAUUGAUAGGUCACCUAAAAAUUAGAGGAUACACUCCUGGGCACAAAACAUGGACCAAACCCAAAAUAUAAUGGUUUUAUUGAUGGAUUUGGCCUGGUUAGAGUUUAUUAUAUUUAAACCUCAUAGAUAAAAUUUGGUCUCGUAUUAAACAGAAACUGUCCCGUCAGUGUUU